AUGAGAGGAGGGAGGAGGGGGCCCAGUUUCCAUCGCUCACCGCAGGAAAUCUGUGUGUGGUUAAAACUCAAGCCAGAGUCUCUUUUGCAAGCAACUCUGCAUGUUGUUACAGAAAGUGAGCAAAGAACACACAGCAGCAUGGUCAGCCGUGUGGAGCAUCCUGCUGCAGGCUACAAGAAGAUCUUUGAGACGGUGGAGGAGCUGAAUGAACCGAUACCUGCAAAAAUCACCGGUGUUCUCCCAUCAUGGCUGGGGGGCAGUCUUCUCAGGAUGGGUCCAGGUCUGUUUGAGGUGGGAGAUGAACCUUUGAACCACCUGUUUGACGGACAGGCUCUCAUACACAAGUUUGACCUGAAGAAUGGUCAGGUGACCUACUACAGGAGGUUUAUCAAGACAGAUGCGUACGUUCGUGCCAUGACGGAGAACCGAGUGGUCAUCACUGAGUUCGGCACAGCAGCCUAUCCAGACCCCUGCAAAAACAUCUUCUCCAGGUUCUUUACCUACUUCAAAGGCAUUGAGGUAACUGAUAACUGCCUAGUGAACAUCUAUCCAAUCGGUGAAGACUUCUAUGCUGUCACUGAAACCAAUUACAUCACCAAGGUUGAUCCUGAUUCGCUGGAGACAUUAAAGAAGGUGGACCUGUGUAAGUACCUGUCAGUGAACGGGGUGACUGCCCACCCCCACAUCGAAGCAGAUGGUACAGUCUAUAACAUUGGUAACUGCUUUGGCAAGAACAUGAGUCUGGCUUAUAAUAUCGUCAAGAUCCCGCCUGCUCAGGAAGAAAAAGCAGAGCCAUUAGAGAAAUCCAAAAUCCUGGUGCAGCUACCCAGCAGUGAGAGGUUAAAACCCUCCUACGUACACAGUUUCGGUAUGACGGACAACUAUUUCGUAUUUGUGGAGCAGCCGGUGAAGAUCAACCUGCUCAAAUUCCUGUCGGCUUGGAGCAUCAGAGGAGCCUCGUACAUGGACUGCUUUGAAUCCAACUACAGCAUGGGGACAUGGUUCCACCUGGCCACUAAGGACCCAGCAACUUACAUGAGCAGCCACAAGUUCAGAGCGUCAGCCUUCAACCUGUUUCAUCAUAUUAACACCUAUGAAGACGAGGGCUUCAUCGUUGUAGACCUCUGCACGUGGAAAGGCCAUGACUUUGUGUAUAACUACCUGUACCUGGCCAAUAUCAAGAAAGAGUGGGAGGAGGUGAAGAAAGCAGCAACAAGAGCUCCUCAGCCUGAGGUCAGGCGAUACGUACUGCCGCUGGAUAUUCACAGGGAGGAGCAGGGGAAGAAUCUGGUGUCUCUGUCCUACACCACAGCAACCGCUGUGCUUCAUAGUGAUGGCACCAUCUGGCUUGAGCCUGAAGUUCUGUUUUCUGGACCAAGACAAGCUUUUGAGUUUCCACAGAUCAACUACUCGCAGUGUCGUGGGAAGAAGUACUCGUUUACAUACGGCCUGGGCCUCAACCACUUCAUCCCCGAUAAGAUCGUCAAGCUGAAUGUGCAGACCAAAGAGACGUGGGUGUGGCAGGAGGAAGAGUGUUACCCAUCAGAGCCGCUGUUUGUGCCAACACCUGGAGCUACGGAGGAGGACGACGGCGUUUUGCUGAGUAUCGUGGUGAAGCCGGGUGCAGAGAGACCAGGCUUCCUGCUGGUGCUGGAUGCUAUGAAACUGACAGAGCUCGCCAGGGCAGAGGUCAACACCAUCAUCCCUGUCACCUUGCAUGGAGUAUACAAACCAUGACCUUUUUUUAAUCAAGAUACUUCCCCAAAACGCAGCAGUUCCUAUCACUUUUUCUUCAAAUGACCCCUGAAAUAUAUACAGCGCCCUCCAUAAUUAUUGGCACCACUGGUUAAGAUGUGUUCUUUAGCU